GUCAUUUCUCAUUUCUACCGCGAUCGCGACGACGCGUGCGAUGGUAGAAGCUUCAUGGCAAGAAAUCCUCCGACAGCGACUAGUCGAGCGGAACAACAAAGACGCUGCAUAUGCGCCUAUUAUCGAACAGUACCGCCGAUUGGCACAGCAGACGAAGCUGCUAAAGGAGCGUAACGCGUCUCUGCUUAAAGCAGUCGGUUCCGUUCGCUCGAAUCCCAAUUCCUCGACUGUAUUUGUCCCAGGUGCAGACGAUAAUCCUGUACGCGCAGCGUAUGUUACAUCGCUAGAGCAACAGAUAUCUACGUUACGGGAUGAACUGGCGACAGUGUACAAGACACAAGGCCAGAAUGCUCAGCGAUUACUCGCGAUGACAGAGACCCUUCGGGAAAAGGAGGAACAGGCUCGUGGCGAGUCAGAGAACUUACGACGAGCUAGGGAAGAAAUCUCCGUGCUACGAAGAAAAGUCGAGCAACAUAACGAGUUGAUGGCCGAGAAGGAUAGGACCGCACAGAUAUUACAUGACGAGAUCAGCACCCUGCAGCUUGAGCUCGGACAGAUUGAAGAACGCAACGGCAUAUUAUCGCGAGACAACGCGAAGCUCCUCCAACGGUGGCUAGACGCAAAGCAAACAGAAGUAAACAAGAUGAACGAAGCCAACGACUUCUAUGAGGAUAUGCGUUCGCGACAUCAAAACGUGCUCAACUGGCGAGAAAAGAACUCGGCUCCAACGAGCUCUGUAAGUGGUGACGAUUACGGCGAGUCGGGAAACGGGGCUGCGAACGGCGACAGGAAAUCGGUGCAGACGAAGAAUGGGACCAAGUCUCCAUCGAAUCCCGCAACGAGUCUGAGUCCGAAUGGCUAGAGAUUGGGGAUGAGAAGAGUCUGCCAGGCGAGUAGAAUGCGUUUCGGCCGGCUCUUCUCGUUAUACCCUUAUUAUAGUUCAUAUAUAUAUAUCCUGAUCGCCGUUCUAUAAUUCGUUAUCCUUUCGUUCCAUGUAGAUAUAGGUUUCUUUGCAGUAAGGGCUUUCGGAGUAAUACUUAAGUGGC